AUGGCCCUCCAAAUUCGGGUCGGAGCGCAGCGGUCCGGAGUGGGCCCCGAGUUUGAAGAAGCACGCGGCUUGCGGCGCUCCCUUCCUUAUUCUUUUCUCGCCCAGGACUUUACGGUCGGUUGGCUCCAUAGCUGCCUUGGCAACCCGCUGCCGCUGCCUUUCGCCUCUCCGAUGCCGUCGCUCCCUCACUCCGGGGCCAGCCAGAUUGCCCCAUCGAUCGGGCAGACCGUGCCCUCAGUGGGCGGCAGCGAGAACUUUCGGGGCUCUGCGGUUGCACGUGAUCCGUCGGUUUCGUCCGAAGCGCCCAAGAAGAAGAAGGCCAAACCGCCUCCGGUGCCUUCCGCAUCGCUGGCCGAGCUCUUGCAAUUCGCUACGCCCGUCGAGAAGUGCCUCCUCGUGAUUGCAGCCCUCGCGGCUCUCGGGACUGGCGCCUGCAAAAGCGACGUCCCAUGA